GGAGUGCUUUACGUGAUGACGUCAGGUUGUGUUUUGACGUUGAGUUUCGCUGCACCGUCGGCCAGAGAGGCAGAAAAGGGAAACCAGGACAAGGGUUGUUGUCCCACUCAACAGAGACUAAUUUCAACCAUGGCAUUGAGAAGCGCAGUGUGCCGUCUCUUGGUCAACCCUCAGAGAUGUGCCAUCAUCUCAGCUUCCAGAGCACAGGGAACUGCAGCACCUGCCAGAUGGGAUGCAGAGAAGGUUGAACAGAAGUCUAAAGCACCUAAGGUCCAGUUCAACUGGCGUGAUGCCCUGGAGCUGGAGGGACUGCUGACAGAGGAGGAGAUCAUGAUCAGGGACUCCUUCCGGACAUACUGCCAAGAGAAACUCAUGCCUCGCAUCGUGAUGGCAAACAGAAAUGAAGUGUUCCACAGAGAAAUUGUGUCAGAGAUGGGAGAGAUGGGUGUUUUGGGCCCAACCAUUAAAGGUUAUGGUUGUGCUGGGACAAGCUACGUGGCCUAUGGUUUGAUUGCCAAGGAAGUAGAGAGAGUGGACAGCGGCUAUCGCUCGGUUAUGAGUGUGCAGUCGUCACUGGUCAUGCACCCCAUUAAUGCCUAUGGCACAGAGGAGCAGAAACAGAAGUACCUCCCCAAGCUGGCUCGUGGAGAGAUCCUGGGUUGUUUCGGCUUGACGGAGCCAAACCAUGGUAGUGACCCCAGCAGCAUGGAAACCAGAGCCAAAUACAAUCCGUCCAGUCGCACCUAUACUCUCACUGGCUCAAAGACCUGGAUCACCAACUCUCCAGUGGCAGACAUUGCUGUAGUUUGGGCCAAAUGUGAUGAUGGGAAGGUGCGUGGCUUCAUCCUGGAGCGCGGCAUGAAGGGUCUCGCCACACCUAAGAUCGAGGGGAAGUUCUCCCUGAGAGCCUCCGCCACCGGCAUGAUCCUCAUGGACGAGGUGGAGGUUCCUGAGGAGAACCUGCUGCCUAAAGUAUCUGGCCUUGCGGGUCCUUUCGGCUGCUUGAACAACGCCCGUUACGGUAUCGCAUGGGGAGCUCUGGGUGCUGCAGAGUUCUGUUUCCAUGCAGCUCGUCAGUACACACUCGACAGAAUCCAGUUUGGCGUGCCGCUGGCAAGGAAUCAGCUGAUGCAGAAGAAAAUGGCCGACAUGCUGACUGAGAUCACCAUCGGCCUACAAUCGUGUCUGCAGCUGGGACGACUCAUCGAUGAGAAAAAAGCGGCCCCAGAGAUGAUAUCCAUGCUCAAGAGGAACAGCUGCGGUAAAGCCCUGGACAUCGCCAGGCAGGCCAGAGACAUGCUGGGAGGAAACGGCAUCGCAGACGAGUACCACAUCAUCCGCCACGUCAUGAACCUGGAAGCUGUCAACACAUACGAAGGUACUCAUGACAUCCACGCUCUGAUCCUGGGCAGAGCCAUCACCGGACUGCAGUCCUUCACUGUGGACAAAUAGAUCCGAGCUCUCAGCGGACACCCAGCCAGCGCGACUCGGGCCAACUCACAAACAGUUUUCAGAUAGUUUGGAUGAAGUGUCAUCUGCAUAAUGGCAACAUUUGUAUUCUCUCAGGUUUGUAGAAUAUAUAUUGAGUGCUUUAUUUUGAGAGAAAGAACAAGUCAAGUCUGUCACCAAACUUGUGAAGUGAAGUGUGAUUAAUUCAGACGUCGAUCUUCAAAGAGGGCUAUUUUUCUACUCUCCGUCACAACAAUGUGGCAGUGGUUUCUUUUUCAGCUCCCCAUUUCCCACUUAUGGACUUUCAUUGUCAUUCACAAACUAUGAAUAGAUCGAAUGAGGUCAAGAUCUAGAUUUAUUGUUGGUUACUGAUGUAUGCAAAGUUGAUACUGUAAUUACAAAGCCACAAAGCAUAAAUUCCCGCAACUCAUUUGGAAUCACCUGCAGAGCUUUUGUGUUUUUAAUUUGAUCCAAUUAUGCGAAUGUUGUCACUGUAUAAUUUGGUGUAUUUUACAGUUACUAUUGUGAGUACUUGUAGCACUUUACUGGCUCUAACACUAAGAUGUCAUAAGUUUGCAUGGUUUUCCAGACGUCAAAGAUGUUGAUCCAAGAUCUAAAUAAAGAAAAGUUAUUUAAGUUA